AUGGAUCCGAUGAGCAUCACCGGUACUGUCCUCGCCAUCGUGCACAUCACCGGUAUAUGCCUAAAGUCGGGUAAUCAACACCUCGGUCCCUCGCGCCAUACUUCCACCACACUUCUCAGUCUCAUCCAAGAGCUUUACUGCUUUUACGGUGCUAUUCAGAGCCUCAAGACUCAUCUCACGAUCAACGAGCACGAUACCAUCCGACUUAACUCGCUGGACUGCCUGGCAGGGCCAUUAUCAGACUGCAAGCUUGCGCUAUGUCUCGUGGAAAAGCAGCUGGAAGCUGAUACGUUUUUCAAGCGAAAGCUUAUUGGCAAACAUUGCGACAAGAAGCUGGACGAUGCUAUCAAUGUGCUGAAGAAAGGACGGGGUUUGUUUGAGACUGUUCUGUUAGCAGAUCAAAGAACUAUCACCACCGCUAUCGAGAGAUAUACCAUCAACAUAGCUGAAGACAUCCGCGAUAUAAAGAAUAAGCUUGAAGGUGAUGGAGAGCUCAUGCGAGGGCUGACCAGACAGCUCACUCUUCGGCUGGAGACGGCUCACGAACUGGGAGAAGAGAUGCGAUCGACAUUACGAGAGAUUGACAACAAGUUGCUACGACAGCGUGAGGGUAGGCGAGGAGAAAUCCGGGGGCGGAGGUGGUCGAGGUGGGUUGCUAUCGCCGGCCAAUCGGCUUUCCAGAUCGCGAUUCAGCUAGCGUUCACCAGCCUGCUAGCGAGAAAUGGUAGGGUGUGA